UCUCCUCUUUGUCUGUUCCAAUUCCAGCUCCGCGAAGCGAUUCUGCGGUUAUUUUGAUUCUUGAUCCAAUGUGAAAUCUUUUGGUUGGUUUCGGUUCUCGUUCUCAUGAUUUGGGUUUAGAUUGCGGUUUGAAUAGAUUGAGGAGUUGUGGGCUCUUAACAUGCGUUGUUACCUUCUCGGGUUUACCCUUUGUUGCAAGUCCACUGAUCGAGUAUAAAGAUGUGUUUGACGAUCUAUUUUUGGUUAGAAUUAUCCUCAGAAGCUGUGAGUUCUCAGGGAAGUUGAGAGUCGUUCUACCCCAUGAAGAUAACGGAGAAGCUAUUCCAGAGUCUCUUAUCUUACUCCCCGCCCAUAUGGGCCACGGCUGUUGGUGGUGUUUCGGUAGUUGUCACACUCUUCCUUUCCAUGUUCCUUCUAUUCCAACACCUUUCUGCAUACAAGAACCCCGAGGAGCAGAAGUUUCUAAUUGGCGUGAUAUUAAUGGUUCCUUGCUACGCCAUUGAAUCGUAUGUAUCACUGGUGAAUCCAUCGGUCAGUGUUGAUUGUGAGAUUCUGCGUGAUUGUUAUGAGGCCUUUGCCAUGUAUUGCUUUGGAAGAUAUCUUGUUGCCUGCCUGGGUGGGGAAGAGAGAACAAUCGAUUUUUUGAAGAGGCAGGGUGCCACAAUUUCUAAUACACCCUUAUUAGAGAAUGCUUCUGAGAAGGGAGUCAUAAAGCAUCCUUUUCUGAUGAACUAUAUUUUGAAGCCAUGGAGACUAGGCGAGUGGUUUUACCAGAUUAUCAAAAUUGGAAUUGUCCAAUAUAUGAUAAUAAAGACUGUAACUGCCAUUUUAGCUGUAUUUUUUGAAGCUUUUGGAGUAUAUUGUGAUGGGGAGUUUAAAUGGACUUGCGGGUACCCGUACAUGGCUGUUGUUCUCAAUUUCAGUCAGUCAUGGGCAUUAUACUGUUUAGUCCAAUUUUAUGCUGCGACAUCAGAUGAAUUAGCUCAUAUAAAACCACUGGCUAAAUUCGUGAUGUUUAAAUCAAUCGUCUUUUUGACAUGGUGGCAAGAUGUGGCAAUUGCACUACUUUAUAGUUGGGGUUUGUUUAAGAGCCCUAUUGCCCAAGGUUUACAGUUCAAAUCAAGUGUUCAGGACUUCAUUAUUUGUAUAGAGAUGUGUGUUGCUUCCGUUGUCCAUCUCUAUGUGUUCCCUGCCAAGCCAUACAAGUUAAUGGAUGUCUGCUUUGCUGGAGGUGUAUCAGUUCUUGGAAACUAUGCAUCUUUGGACUGCCCUUUAGACCCUGAUGAGGUCAGAGACUGUGAAAGACCUACAAAGCUUAGACUUCCCCAGCCUGAUAUUGGUACCAAGAGCACGACAGCCAUUAGAGAAAGUGUUCGUGAUGUUGUUCUUGGAGGAGGAGAAUAUAUUGUAAAUGAUUUGAAGUUUACAGUCACCCAUGCAGUGGAGCCCAUGGAGAAGGGUUUCACACGGUUCAAUGAGAAGCUUCACAAGAUCUCUGAGAACAUAAGAAAGCAUGAUAAGAAGUUGAGAACCAAGGAUGAUAGUUGCAUAGGGUCAUCUCCUCCUUCCAGGCGGGUUGUUCGUGGAAUCGAUGACCCAUUACUGUAUGGAAGUAAUAGCGACAGUGGGUCUAAAAGAGGAAGAAGACAUCGCAGAAAAUCAGGAUAUACAAGUGCGGAAGGUGGAGACAGUAGUGAUCUUGGUCAUGGUCGGUAUGAGAUCCAUGGACGUAGGUGGAUCACUAAGGACUGAGGAUAUUUUACCGGAGAGUCGCUAGAUUUCACCAUGGACAUCAUUAUGUGUUUGCAGAGAGAACCAAAAUUGCAAGCCUAUGCACUAUAAGAUUGGCAUUUUUGUUGGCAUUGCAUGGAAUAAGUCAGGCAGUUACCAUUGCAGCGAAAAAAAAAAACCCACCUGUACUCUUGUAUAUCUGCUAAUUGUGAUGGAGCAGGAAAUUUCGGCAAGCGUCAACCAUCUCCUUUGGCCGAGUUUUAUGGAUUGGGACCUUCAUGUAUUGUCAAUAGCCUAAGCAAUUAUGUUUUGGAUCUUGUGAAGCACAAUGUAAAGGCAUCUAGAUGUCAUUUCAUUUCCAAUAAAAGAAAAUGGUUUCAACCGACAGCCAGAA